AUGGAAGAAGCAGAAAUAAGCAGGCGCGGAAGAAAGAAGGACGUGGAAUGGAUGUGUGCAGAAAGUAUUGAGUUCAGCGGACGGAAUGGGAUCGAAAGACCAUUAAAAAUUUCCCAGAAGGAUUGGGGAAGAGUUAUUGCAUUAGGUCCCCCGUCCUCGCCUGAAAACUGUGGCAUCAUCAACAACACCGCUGAGAACAUCGAAGUACUGUGCGAGAGAGGAUUUGACGGCGGGAUGCCUCAGCUAUUCCUGGCGGAGGCGUACGACGAGGCGGGCUCCUUGCACCUCAACAGAUCCUCAGAGGAGCCCCAGUUCUCAGUGGAAUCAUUGCAGCCCGGAACAACCUAUACCAUCCGAAUCUCGGCUUUCAACGACAAGGGAAGGUCGCCUCCCGUGUCGCUCACGGCUGUCACGUUGAAAGUGGCAGAGCAGAGAGUCGGUGAAAACAAGUCACUGCUGUACUCGCCCCUCAUCAUCAUCUUCCUCAGCAUCGUGGGCGUCUUCCUCACCCUCAUCGUCAUCCUCGUCCUCGUCACUCGCUGGAGGAAGACUUAUUCCACCACCUCCACCUCCUCCUCAGCCACCGUCGCCGCCCAGUCCACCGACCCGACGCAGGCGGAAUCUACCGAAGACCGUCCUGGGAACGAAGAAAACGAACCGCAGAAAACGAAGCCCAAGAAGAAAGUGGUGGUCAUAGAAAACGGAACUAAGGACAGGAUUGGCCUGGGGAAUGUUUCGAUUGAUGUGACAUCCUCCAAAGAUGCCUUACUGGGGCGCCAAACUGACUCGCAGACGCUGGCCAAUGGCUCGGCUGGUUACUACAACAGCUUAGGCAAGACCGCCUUCCCCUCUACCUUCCCUACCUCCACCUCUUGCACCCUCCCCCGCCCUCAGAGGACCUCCACUGCCGGGCACGCUAGCACCUCUUCCACCUCCACCUACGCCCCAUCCUCUGCGUUACCCCUUCCCGUGCACCAGACCCAUCACUCCCCCAUCACCGCUGCCUCCGUGGGCUUACAGGGGGAAGGCUACGCACCAUACACUCGCUAUUCCGAAACUCUACCGAGAAAUUACGGUCGGGGGUCCAGGGACUUCGACGGGUAUCGUAGCGAGGCUUAUAGAGGAGGAGACGGUAGUUUGGGUGCUAGUGGGGGCUAUCGAAGAAGCAAUAGCGGUAACCUUGGUCCAGACAGCUAUCGCGGUAGUAUGAAUAUCGCGAGUGAAAUUUAUCUAAGUGACGACAGAGGCGUUUUGGGCGAUGGCUAUCGUGGUAUGGGUGGAGGCCGUGGAGGAGGAGGAGCGAGAAUGCUGGGGGAUAGCUAUCGUUGCGGUAGUGGUGCUAAUGUGGUCCACGAUACAUAUCAGGCCGGAGGCAACGGUAGUAGUGACCCAUAUCGCUCUGGGGGUAGCUUUGGUGUGACGGAGACGGCGAGUUAUCGCACAGGAGUCAGCAGCGACGCCGGCGGCGGUGGACGCAGCGCCAAGGACAAGUACCACAUGUUAGAGGAGCUGAAAAAUAACCCCAAAUAUGUGGUUCGGACUCGGGGCGGCGAAGCCAGUGACGAGAGCUUUGUAUAAACAGUGAAACUAAAACAAAAAAAUAACACGUUAUCAUAGCGAAUAUUGCAAUGGUGAUCAUAGUGUGUGCUUUGUCUCUUGAACUGUAGGAUGAUAACUUGCUAAAUAAACAGUUCCAUUAGAGAAACUGAAGGAGCAGAACAGAAUGUUGUGAUGUUAUUUUCCACACGAGAGAUUGCUUGAAUGAUUCCGGAUGAUCUUAAAAAGCUACUGAGAAUUUUUCUUUGGUGGAAAUGUUCCGUGUAUGAGAUCUUGUGGUUAUUAAUGCACGAUCUAGUGAGCCGGGUAGCGUGGCGUGUGUUCACCAGGCACAAGAAAUUGUUGAAGCAAGCAGCAUUUGAUCUUCCUCUUUGCCGGUCUGGUAUGACUUCUGUUUUAUGAAGCGAAAGGGUGAGACGUUUGAGACACUCGUGGCCGCAAGGGUGUCAAGCAACCUAUCCUCCUUCCUCUUUUCUUAAUGCUAGGGUGUCGCUACGAUUCUAGUAUUCCCUCCAUCUCGUUCCCCUGGUGAUAUUGCACCUACUUGCCUUCUUACCCUCCGACACCCCUCUAGUGAUGUUAUGCCUACUUGCUAAACAUCCUUCUUCUUCCCUUAGUGCUAGUGUGGUUACUAACAUCAUUCCCGCUUCCCUUCACUUGGUCCUUCCCUCCAGCGCGCUAAAGUGUACAACUUUCUUUCUCCCUCCCUCAUGCAGUGUUAUCAUAAAUACUAACCUUUUCUGUCUCCCUUCCAUGCUAAUGUCUCCACUGCCCCUACUCCUAUCCCUUCUCCCUCCGGCGUGCAAGCAUCAACUGUAGCCAUCCAUGUGCCCCGAGACAGCAUUAAGCCUUACCUCAUAUCCUACCUCCAUGGCUGGUCCCAUCAGAGCGCCAGACACCAGUAGUGGGUGCAGACUGUCCCAGGUGCGCCCGCUGCUUCAUACACGCAUCGUUAAACAAAAAAAGUAAUGCUGUAAAAGUUCUUCA